GGGAAGCCAUUCCCCCUUGUCCAGUGACUGCAGUUCCUGAUGAGUCGCAGCCCUGGGUGUGCUGAGGGCACCUGUGGCCAUCGUGGUGCCACCUCGGGGACCUCCCUCUGGGGGUCCAUUCUGGAGUCCCCUCCUGUGACACCAUCUCACCCUCGAAGACACAAAGUAUAUCUGCUGACACGUGUCCCUAAACCCAGCCACAGCACCCUGGCCCUUCGGGGCUGUCCCUUUGUGACACGGGCGCGUGACGGGGCCGACCUCACCCGUGACACCGCGACGUGGGCCGCGUCAGAAAGGGCUGUGUCCCAGCAUUCCAUGAAAUCAGGAUGGGGGCACAGAUCUUCAGUCAAUCCCAUGGGGAGACUGGUGGGCAGCAGGCCCCACGUGACAACACCGCUGCUGAGGGCGAGAUGUCAUCGAAGGAGGACUCUCCAGAGCCGGGCACCUCUGCUGCCAGCACCAGCCAGGAGCCACGGGAUGGCAGCGAGGAGAAUCCCGCCUGCCCGGCGUGCCGGGACAUCGACACCAAGUGCUCCAGCUUGUGCUGGCACUGCUUCUGCCGCUUCUGCCUGUGGGAUUGGAGCCUCAGCGACGCCGCGUGCCCCCAGUGCCAGCGGCCCAUCCGCCACACGUACCCCCAGCACGUGGCCCUGUAUCACGAGGUGCAGGACCAGGUGUACAACAGCAAGCAGAGGCAGCUCGGCCGCUCAGAGCAAGGCAUGUGGAGCUGCUCAGGACACAGUGGCAGCAGCCACGAUGAGCUCUCGGAGCAGGGCCGAAGGAGGUCCUUGAGGUGGCACCGUGACGGCCACCAGUGGUCUCGGCACGCCCAAGGCAGCAGCUCCUUGAGAAGGAGGAGGCGUCGGCGGAGAAGGAGGAGGCGUCAGUGGAGAGGGGAUCGGGACAAUGUGCCUGGCGAGGGACGAGCUCCAGGGUCUGAACAGGACACCUCAGACUCCUCAUGGGGGAGGCGAUCCCAGCGCGGGCCCCACAUGCCACAGAGCCAAGAUCAGCAGGGACAGGCACGGGGCCGCCGCAGCAGACAGAGGUGGCGGAGGAGGAACAGGGAGCGUUCCCACAGCUGGCACAGGCAAUGGAGCAGGUCCCGCAGGCAACGCCGGGACACCCAGACAUCGUCCUCAGGAACGGAGCCCCACGACGACUCCGCGAGGCAGAGGCGUUGGAGGAGCAGGAAUGCUGGUGAGACACGAGCUCCGAGGCACCAACAGCACAUCCCAGACUCCUAA